ACUUGGAAAUGAGUUUAGAUACCAGCUGCAGAGUUCAGCAGAGUCUGACCAAUGAGAGCCGCUGGUGCACGUAGAAAAUUAGGUAUUCUGUUUCAGUGUAAGUGGAGGAAAGAAACAACGGGUGGCUUGUUUCAGAAGAGGGCCUUGUGUUUCCUCUCCAUCGCAGCCUGUGCGAGGGUGAAACUGAGUCGGAGAUAAAAGUCUCCAACUGCAACCUGCACUGUAACUGAGCCACAAAGACCCCAUUGAUCCAGUGGUUUGCAACUGUUUACCUUCCUGGCCGAGGAGAGCAUCGUGAUGAGAAAUCUGCAGGAGGUUAUACGGAGCCUCCCACCGACAAUCAUUCAUCCACUGAUCUUUACCAUGUCUGUUAUUCUUUAACUACUCCAGACCUGAGAUACACACCCUCUGUUUACUCUCCCCUCACCCAAAUAGGUGGGAGAGCUACCGGCACAGAGGAGGUUGAAUGAUUAAGCUGGGAACCGUUUACAUGCCAAGGCUGAGUUUUUAGUCAAACGAGGUGGGACAGAAGAUGAUUUGAACUCUUCCCCCCGGCCAAUAACAAAGCGACUCCUCCUUCUGCUCUAAAGACAUCUGCUGCUUAUAUCUGUAAUCAGCAUCGGGGAGACCCUCAUUCCACUUUUAACUACUGAGCAGAUUUUGGAGGACUUGCACUGACGCAGAGUUCGAACAUGCCUUCAGCGGGACUGGAGAUACUCGGCGUGACUAUGGCUGUCCUGGGAUGGAUCCUAGCCAUUGUAUCCUGCGCCUUGCCCAUGUGGAAAGUGUCCGCGUUCAUCGGGAUGAACAUCGUCACAGCUCAGAUCACCUGGGAAGGCAUCUGGAUGCACUGUGUGGUCCAGAGCACAGGUCAGAUGCAGUGUAAAAUCCACGACUCCAUGUUGGCUCUGAGCGGGGAUCUCCAGGCCGCCCGCGCCCUCACCAUCAUCUCUAUCGUCGUGGGUAUUGUGGGAGCUUUUGUCGCCGUAAUGGGGGCAAAAUGUACCAACUGUGUGGAUGAAGAGUCGGCCAAAGCUCGCGUGAUGAUAGCUGCCGGGUCGGCCUUCAUCCUGGCUUCUCUGACCCAGCUGAUCCCUGUGUCCUGGUGCGCCCACACUAUCAUCAUGGAGUUCUACAAUCCAGUCAUACCUGAGGCGCAGAAGAGGGAGAUAGGUGCAGCUCUGUACCUGGGCUGGGCUGCAGCUGCGUUUCUGCUCAUUGGAGGAGGCAUCCUGUGCUCCAGUUGCCCCCAACAACCGGAGAAAAGGUACGGGCCUCCAUCAAAGAUGGCGUUCUCCCAAACCAGGUCGAUCGCACCGGGUGGUUACGACAGGAGAGAUUACGUCUGAACUCGCAGCUGCUCUUUUCUCAUGACUCGAAGCGCUGCAGAACCUAUACGCAUCCGUCUUCAUGCUGAGAUGAGGAAAACUUCCGUACUCGUGGCUCCACACUGAGCAGAACCUGCAUCAAUCUGGUUUUCUUUUGUUUUCUUUAUUUGUGUGUUACUAUGAAGUUGUCGGAAGCACUGAGACCAACAACUGUUAGUGAUGUGACGUGUCCUGCAAUUUAUACUUCACUUUUGCAUGUACGCUUUGUUUUUUUUCACUGUAUCCACUGAAGUGUGAGUGUUUUAUGGAGAAACUUUGAAUUUUGAUUAAGAUGUUUAUGGACGUGAUGAAGAUUUGGGUUUUUUUGUAACAGUUCAUCUGAAAUGUUUUAAUAUCUGACGUGUUAUUAAUAUGUUUUCAAUUAAAGGCCGUGUUUUUUUAUUCUAAA